AUGAAAAGCAAUGAUGACAAUGAGAAGUCAAAGGAAGAAAAGAAUACGUCUGCUCCGUCUAACUCACAGCAUUCGACCAAUCCGUCACUGUUUGCUAAUGUGAAAAUUGUUAACGAAGCCACGUCGCAAGGGAAAAAUGAAAAAAUCGAUGAUCAGAAAAUAUCAAAUGAACGGGACAAAAAUAUGCUGAGAGCGUUAACUUCACCUGGUGGUCGAUCUCCUGAAGUUUCCAGCAUACCAAUGUGUAAAACAGCUGCAAAAUCUAAGUCAGAGAGUCAUGUAUCCAGAUCUGAUGUGGUAACAGUUACAAUUAAAUCAACCAUAUCAUCGUUCAAACCCCUGAAGUUAGUGAUGAAGAAAACAACAAGUAUACGUGUGCUGAAGAACUAUUUGCAAUCACGACUUGGCGGCGCUCAUCAAAUAAUUCUCAUUCACGAUAAUAAGGAAUUAAAGAAUGAAGGCGGCACUCUGGCAUCAUUUGGUAUUACUUCGGGUAGUGUGUUGUGGUUGUUAGUAAAACCAAUGGCUGGUAAUAAUGAUCGUGAAGAGAUUGCAUCUUUAAUUCGAAUAUCUCAGUCGCUAGCUAAUCUGCGAAAUCUGAUUCGUUCUCUGCCAUCUGUUGACAGUUGUGAACCAACUUUUUCAGGAUCUGCUGAAUAUAUUGAAGUUACACCUUGCAAGGAAGCGGAGCAUGAACAGAUGCGAGAAAAAAUGAAAUUAUUGAUACAGCGGAGAGAAAAAUUUCGACGGAACAACGUAAAAGACUUGUCAGGAAAUGUGCAGCAAGAAAUUCAAGGAAUAUCCGCAAAAGAAGUAACCACUGAUAUACUAUCACAGUCACCAUCAUCAUGCAGUAAUUCUUGUACUACAUCCUCCAUAACUUUGUCACCAUCUAUUUCAAUUCCAAAGGGUACUGCUGACGUUGUAAACCAGAAGGAAUUAGCGACAUAUUUUGACCCACCAGAAACAAUUAAACAAAGGAAAUUUGAAGAUGAAGAAUUGUUUGAUGUCCCAUCAAAUGAAAGCGAACUACUUAAAAUAAAAGAUGAGAUAAAGAACAAGCGAUGUGGACUAUGUCGAAUAAAGUUGCAAAUAACUGAUAGAGAAAUGCAGUGCACAUGUGGCCAUGUAUUUUGCAGUAAACAUCGUAAUCCGCAGAUACACAGAUGCAGUAUCGAUUUAAAAUCAGUCGACCGAGAACAUGUCAGGACGGCACUACCAAAAUUAGUGCGAGACAUUCCAAAAUCAAAAAUAUAG